GGUCAGAGCGGAAGUGGAGCUGCCGCCGCCGCCACCGCCGCCGCCGCUGAUUCCGGAGCCGGAGUAGCUGCCGCCGCCACCACCACUGCAGCCACCGCAGUCCCCGCGUACGCUGCUGCUUGAGGAGUGGGCUUGGGAAGGAAGCGGUCACCGCUCUCAACUUCGUCGGAAGCGCCUUUGCCCCCUGCAGUCCUCCUACGGGAAUGACCAUGGACAAAAGUGAGCUGGUACAGAAAGCCAAACUCGCUGAGCAGGCUGAGCGCUAUGAUGAUAUGGCGGCGGCCAUGAAGGCGGUCACCGAGCAGGGGCAUGAACUCUCCAAUGAAGAGAGGAAUCUGCUCUCUGUCGCCUACAAGAAUGUAGUAGGUGCCCGUCGUUCUUCCUGGCGUGUCAUCUCCAGCAUUGAACAGAAAACAGAGAGGAAUGAGAAGAAACAGCAGAUGGGCAAAGAAUAUCGGGAGAAGAUAGAGGCAGAGCUGCAGGACAUCUGCAAUGACGUUCUGGAGCUGUUGGACAAAUACCUUAUUCUCAAUGCUACCCAACCUGAAAGUAAGGUGUUCUACUUGAAAAUGAAAGGAGAUUAUUUUAGGUAUCUUUCUGAGGUUGCAUCUGGAGAUAAUAAACAAACCACUGUGUCGAACUCCCAGCAGGCUUAUCAGGAAGCAUUUGAAAUUAGCAAGAAAGAAAUGCAGCCUACACACCCAAUUCGACUUGGCCUGGCACUUAAUUUCUCAGUCUUUUACUAUGAGAUUCUGAAUUCUCCUGAAAAGGCUUGCAGCCUGGCAAAAACGGCAUUUGAUGAAGCCAUUGCUGAAUUGGAUACACUGAAUGAAGAGUCUUACAAAGACAGCACACUGAUCAUGCAGUUACUUAGGGACAAUCUCACUUUGUGGACGUCGGAAAACCAGGGCGAUGAAGGAGAUGCUGGGGAGGGAGAAAACUAAUGUCUGUUGUGCUUUGUGAUCUAUUCAGUGUUACUCCACAUGUAUCCCUUUGUGCGAUAAAAAGAAAAAGAAAAAAAUACUUGUAUGACUUCGAUUUUUCACAGCCUCAGUCUAGCAAAAAUGGUCCAUGGGAUAAACAAGGGGUAUCAGUCUAAAACUCAGAUUGGUCACACAAAUGCCACAGCAUUUUGAAGUUUUGAUUUUGAUUAUCAUUGACAGGAUUACUGUGUUUAAUUUUUAAAAACUGAACACUGUGAUUAUGGGGUUUUGUAACUUAGCAGAAAUCUUACUGGUAGAAAAAUAGACCUGAAUUAUGUGUAACUAUUUGGAAAGUUUAAUCUGAUAUCAAAAUAGUCUCUAAAAUAACAAUUCUGUUGUAAAGUUGUACAGAAAGUUAUAGAUUAUAUUGUGAUGCUGGGACUUGGAGUGAGGCACUUAUCACUUGGCAUCUAAGAUUAAUGGUAAUUCACAGUAAUUCUGCCUGUGAUUCAGGGCUUAUAGACACACUUACUAGUUUGGGUUGUUGCCACUAAAGUUCAUGACCACAAACGUCUACCCUAUCUUCCUCUGAGGAAACUCAAAGCCUGAAAUUGAAAUUCUUU